AUGGCACCGGAAACAAGUGAUGGAGUUGCUGAAAUCUUAACAGCCGAAUCCUUACAGUAUAGCUUAACUGAAAUUCAAAUUGCCACAAAUAACUUCUCUAUGGAUAACAAAAUUGGCGAAGGUGGAUUUGGUCGUGUAUACAAGGGUGUACUUGGUAAUGGACAAGAAGUAGCUGUUAAAAGGCUGUCAAGGAGCUCAGUGCAAGGUGCAGAAGAAUUUAAAAAUGAAAUUGUAGUAGUUGCAAAGCUUCAACACAGAAAUCUAGUUCGGCUAUUGGGAUUUUGCCUGGAAGGAGAAGAAAAGAUACUCAUCUAUGAAUUUGUUGCCAACAAAAGCCUUGACUACUUUCUCUUUGAUCCAGAAAAUAAACGAUCAUUGAACUGGUCAAGACGUUACAAUAUCAUUGGAGGUAUAGCAAAAGGACUUCUUUAUCUGCAUGAGGAUUCUCGUCUAAGAAUUGUUCAUUGCGAUCUCAAAGUAAGUAAUAUAUUAUUGGAUGGAAAUAUGAGUCCAAAGAUAGCAGAUUUUGGCAUGGCAAAGAUUUGUGGAGUUGAUCAAUAUGAAGGAAACACAAAUAGAAUUGCAGGGACAGUUGGUUAUAUGGCUCCUGAAUACACAAGGUGGGGUCAGUUCUCACUAAAGUCAGACGUGUUUAGUUUUGGGGUUGUAAUUUUGGAAAUUGUCACGGGCAAGAAGAGCAGUGACUUCCAUCAAUCUAGAGAUUCCGAAGACCUUCUAAGCUAUGCUUGGAACCAUUGGAGACGCGGCCAAACUUUAGCUCUUUUGGAUUCAAGCAUUGGAGAUUCUUAUGCCAGAAAUGAAGUCAUUCAAUGCAUCCAAGUUGGCUUACUAUGUGUUGAAGAAGAUGCCAGUAAAAGACCCACAAUGGCUUCCGUGGUCUGCAUGCUCAAUCCUGGUUCUGUUUCCCUCCCAACUCCACAUCGUCCGGCAGUUUUCCGGAGCAAUGGAUCGGAGAGCAGGGUAGACGAGCUGGAAGUUGAUCAAUCCAACACUCAAAGAAUUUCAGCUCCAAGCUCUGUCAAUGAUGCAUCAAUUACUGAACCCUAUCCCAGAUGAAGGAAGAAAUAGGCCAAUUCUGGAAGAAAAUAUCAAGUUCAUCAUCAGCAUUAUGUUGUAGAUUUUGAAGCAUGAUUCAUUAACCAGGAAGGUAUCUAAAUUUGCCCACUAUU